UGGAGGGUCUCUCGUGGCUGGUAACCCCGGCAGCUGGUCGGCGCGGAGCUGGAGAUGCGCGGGCCGCGGGGCGGGGAGGGCUGCCGCCCGCUGUUUGACUGCUGUCAAAUACGAUUAUUUCCUGAGUUGCGUUUCGCGAUUAUUUCCAUAGAAAAGCUAUUCUCGGGUUAUUUUAUGCGUUCUUUUCUCAAAUUACCGUCGCUCGGUCGGCGGGCGAGUCCGCGGCGGCGGCUCCACCCUCGGACCUGUUACGCUGCAACGAUUGCUAUUUUCGUUUAACCCACUUUAUCUUAAAUAUUGUUUUUCGGGGCUGCAAUGCAGCGAUUUAUACACAUUUAUAAUGUUUUCGAAUAAACGUAGCGUCGAGGGCGAGGCCGUACUGUCUUAAACUUUAUUUUCGUCCGACCGAAACGAAUUCGUAGUGCCAAGUGUUUAACGUACGAGUUGUGAGUGUGACUCGUGCCAAAAGUAUCUCGUACUUAGCUCAGCUUAACGUAGGUAGCAUGGACCUUCUCGGGUCGAUAAACGUUCACAUAGUACUUGUGAAUACAGUAUCGAAGUGAUUCCUCCGGCAUGAGAAUGGAGGCAGCGUACAGUUGUUAGUUGUUACUUGUUACUGCAGUAUUGGGUCCUACAAGCUGCGCCAGAGAGUGUAGUGUUGUGGUCGUGUGUAAUGUAGGACAUCUAGGAUGAGGAAGGUGUGGAGUGCGUGCGCGGACGGCUGGGCCCUCUGCGGACACAAUGUGAGCUGCCACUAGCUGUAUGUUGUCUCAGAGCUCCCCGCACGGCUCGGUGAUGUCGUGCCAGUCGCUGGCGGCGCGCCCCUACGACGACGCCGACUCGCCCUGCACCGUCACCUUCCACAGGUCCGUCCGCUUCAGCUCGGAGUCGCGGAGCCACCCGGCGCGCCCCAGCGAUGUGGACGCCAAGAGGGAGACGCCAGGUGGGUGCGUCGACCGUCGGCGUCGCGUCACCGAGCCCGCCUCGCCCGAUAUUCAGUGUGACCGUGUGGCAGGGUCCAUAUCGCUGACGGUGCUGCCGGCGGGCGCCAUGUCGCAGUCGGCGCCGGCGGCCACCUCGCCGGACGCGGAGCGCGGCGCGACGUGCCGCUUCCCCAAGCUGGAGGAGUGCGCACACUUCCACUACGAGCGCGUCGCCCUGGGCGGCCUGCGCAUCGAGCUGCUGCCCGACGACGACGCGCCGGACUCGCCCCCGCCCGAGGCCGCCGCCGACGACGAGGAGUGGGUGGGGCUCCGGGUACGCUCGCACGUGGCCAGCCCGGAGGCGGGCGACGAGGCGCGGCCGCUGAGCGCCAGUUGGAGCGAGGGCAGCGACGUGCGCGAGUGGACGCUGGCGCGCAGCCGCGACAACUUCCUGCAGCUGGACGAGAUGCUGCACCGCUGCAUCUACGACCGGCGCGUGUCGGGGCUGCCGGAGCUGCGCUCGGCGCGGGCGCGGGGCGCGGACUGGCGCCGCCUGAUCGCCGACUACGUGCACCACCUGUCCAUCAUCGCCGACGACUCCAUCAACUGCGGCCCCGCCCUCAACUGGUUCCAGAUGGAUAAUAAGGGACACAAGCUGCUGGUGGCGAGUGAGGACUCGAGCUCGAUCAACACGCCGGCCGUCGCCGCCGCCUACUCCGUGCGCAAGUACGUCUCCCAGGCCCGCGACGAGAUCAGCUUCGACGUCGGCGACAUGAUAUCGAUCAUCGACAUGCCCGGGCCGCAGGAGUCGCUGUGGUGGCGCGGCAAGCGCGGCUUCCGCGUGGGCUUCUUCCCGCACAACUGCGUGGCCGUGAUCGGCGACAAGGUGCCGCGCCACAUGACGCAGCCGCCGCCCAUCGUGGGCACCGUGGCCGUGGCGCCCAUCAAGCCGGUGCUCCGCAAGCACGGCAAGCUCAUCUCGCUGUUCCGCAGCUUUAUCCUGUCGCGACCGUCGCGGCGCUCGUUGAAGCGGCAGGGCAUCCUGCGCGAGCGCGUGUUCGGCUGCGACCUCGGCGAGCACCUGCUUAACUGCGGGCGCGACGUGCCGGCCGUGCUGGAGGCGUGCGCCGCCGGCAUCGAGCGGCGCGGCGCCGUCGACGGCGUGUACCGGCUGUCGGGCGGCGCUGCGCUCACCCAGCGCCUGCGCGCCGCCUUCGACGCCGCCGCGCCGCCGCCCGCCGCCGACGUGGAGGCGGCGCUGGCGCGCGACCCGCACGCGCUCGCCUCGCUGCUCAAGACCUACUUCCGCGAGCUGCCCAACCCGCUGUGCACGUACCGCCUCUACGACGCCUUCGUGGCGGCCGUGCAGCGCCCGAGCGAGGCGGAGCGGCUGCGGGCCAUGCGCGACACCGUGGCCAAGCUGCCGCCGCCGCACUACCGCACGCUGGCCUACCUGGCGCGCCACCUGCGCCGCGUGUCGCUGCUGGCCGACUCGACCGGCAUGACGGCGCGCAACAUGGCCAUCGUGUGGGCGCCCAACCUGCUGCGCUCGCCGCACCCGCAGCACGCGCUGCAGGGCGUCGCCGUGCAGGCGGUCGUCACCGAGUUCCUCAUCUGCUACGCCGAGGAGCUGUUCGCCGGCGAGCAGGCCGACGACUCCGGCCCCGACUCGCUCGACAUGGACAACGAGAGCGAGGUGCAGGUGGAGCUGCGCGGCGCGGAGCCCUGCCGCCGGCCCAAGAGCCUGCCCAUCAACCCGCCCACCAAGCUCCUGAGCUUGGAGGAGGCGCGUCGGCGAGGUCGCGCGGGCGGCGGGGUGGCUCCCCCCGCGCCGCCCGCGCCCGCCCCCUGCGGCACCAUCGCCGCCGCCGCGCGCACGCAGCUGCGCCCCGCCUCGCACCUCAGACCCAAGUACAUCGAGGUCGGAUCCGGACCCAACAAUCUACCUCAGUAUCACACGGUGCUGGAUCUCCCGAUUCCCGGGACCAAGCGAGCGUUAAAGCGGUCGCCGUCGGGCUGGCGCGGGCUCUUCAGCCGCAGCAAGCAGCAGCGAGCGCGCGCCGCCGCGCCGCCGCCCGUCGCCGCGCCCGCGCCGCCCGCCGCCGCCGCCGCCGCCCCGCCCCGCGCCAAGUCGUGCGAGUCGCUGACGUCGGAGCCGGACGCGCUGGCGCCGCUGUCGCCGGCGCGCGGGGAGCGCGGAGAGCGGGCGGCGCGGGCGCACGCGCGCUCCGCCUCCUGCGACUCGUACUUCGAGCCGUGGCAGGCGGAGCUGGCGGGCAUGCGGCUGCGCCUGUCGCCGCAGGAACGCGACCGCCACAUGUUCAGCGAGGAGGACGACGCGCCGCCGCCGCAGGAGUCGUGGUGCUCGUCGCCCGCGUCCGGCCCCAGCGCGGAGCCGUCGCCGCGCCGCCCGCCGCCCGACCUGGCGGAGCGCAAGCGUGUGGCGCUGGAGCGCCUGGAGCGGCAGGUGGCGCAGCUGGGCUACAUCGACCACGAGCCCGAGCCCGCGCAGCCCGCGCCCGGCAAGCGCCUGUGCACCGACCGCGACAGCACGCAGGCGCCCGCCGCCGCCGCCGCCACCGUCAAGCUCAGAGAGAGAAAUUCACCUCGGAAACAAAGGAAUGGGGGGCGCUACAGCGCGCUCCCGGGCGGCGGCGAGGCAGAGUCGCCGGCGCGCCUCACGUGGCACGGCCGCGACCACCACGCCACGCGCAUCGCCGUGCACUGGCCCGAGCGCGCCUCGCCCGCUGCUUCGCCCGCCGCCACGCCCCCCGCCUCACCCGCCGCCACGCCCCCCGCCUCGCCCGCCGCCUCCCCCGCCGCCUCCCCCGCAUCGCCUGCCGCCACGCCCGCCACGCCGCGGUACGACCCGCUCGACAGCGACUCGGAGGCCAGCGGCCACACGCGCACCAUCACCGUGGGGGCGUGCCGCGCCUGCGAUCGCGGCCAGUGCCUGGAGUGCGAGCUGCGCGCCGCCGACCCGCCCCGCCUGUCGCGCGACUGCUCCGCCGGUAACCUCGACAGCGCCUCCGCCGACGUCAGCUACCGCCUGCUGAACCGCCUGUCCGCCGUGUCCGGCUCGUCGGCGUCCGACCGCCGCGACACCGCCGCCACCUCGCGCCCCACAUCCUCCACCUACUCCAACGGCAGCCUCAAGCCCGACGAGCCGGAUGACGGCCCCUCCUACCUCGACCUGUCCGCCGCCACCUCGCCCGGCAGCCCGCCCGCCCCGCGCCUCCCGCUCACGUCCACGGUCAGCAUCACGUUCCGGUCCCCGAGCAGGGCCGAGGACUACGAGCCGCUCGACGAUGCGGAGACGCCCACGAACGGGCGGGGCUCGGCGGCCGGAGGCGCGGCCGAGGAGCGCAGCCUGGCGAUCGCGGAGGGGGCGCCCGUGCCAGCCACCGACGCCCGCUUGCCCGCGCAGCGAGCGCGCCACCCGCCCGCCGACCUCGACGUGUACAGCCAGGUCAAGUUUUUCAAGAGGAGUAUAGAGGAGGUGAACGCCAUGAUCCUGGCGACACCCGAGGUGGAGAACGCCUACGAGAACGUGGAAUUCGACCGGCCGGAGCCGCGGAGGCCGAGCCCCUCCCCGACGCGCGGCGACGACGGCCCCUGCGACCACCGCGACUACGAGAACGUGCUCGUGGGCGGACGGGCGGCGGCGGGCGGCGACAACGGCAACGGCGAUCUAGCGCCGGCGAGCGUGCGCGAGCUCGCCGGCCGCUUUGAAAGCUCCGUCGACGCCCGGGAGCAGCUCCCGCUCGAGCGGGCCGACCGCGCCCGCGGGCCCGACGCGGCGCCGACGUCUCCCGACACCUCCGAGCUGAUGGGGAGCGGCACCGCACGAUCGCUGGACGAGAGCGCUUUCGUCCGGGAGUUCGGCGGCGAUGCGGACCUCCGGCGGAGCCUCGACACGCGGGAGACGCGGCGGCGGCCUAGGCUCCCGCCCGAUCUCAACCUCAACACCGAGGAGCCGGAGCCGCCCGGCAACGCGGCGAGCGUCACGCCCGCCACCGAGAACAAGAUCUGCCUAGUGCAGCGAUUCGACGCACGUAAGCCCGACCUGCGAGACCUGAUCGGAUUCGACGCCGAGAGGAAGCUGAGCCGCGAGCGGAUAGAGAAGUACAAGGAGGAGAGGAGGAGCUUCCUGCGGGAGAAGUACGGCUCGCAGUCGUUUCGGGGCGGCCCCGAGCAGCUGACGCGGCUGAAGCUGAGGCGGGAGGGGGGCGAGGAGGGGGGCGCGGGGGGAGUCGAGCCGCCUGCCUUCGAGCGCCGUAACACCGUCGACCUCGGCCAGCGUGCGCGCCUCACGCUCGCUCGCAGCGCCACCGACCUCGCGCCGCCCAGGAAGGAAAAAGUCUCGCCAUCGUACAAUAUAAGAGAUAUGGCCGCCAUGUUCGAGCAGAGAUCACAAAGCAACAGCAAUGGAUGACAGGCGGGCGCGCCCCCCGCCCCCCUCCCCGCGCCGCGCGCGACCACCGACCUGUGAGCGAUGGCCGCU